CGCCUUUUGGGAGGCGGGGCUGGAUGGGUUCGCCGCAGAGAGGCCGCAGGGUGUCGGCUUCCGCUCUCCCUCUGCUUUCAACCCCCACGGCUCUGGCCUAAGCGUCUGCCUGUGGCCGGAUUCCCAGACCCUGCUAAACAUUUACCAUUUUGGAGUUUAAAGUAUGUCAUCAUGGCAAAGUUUCGAAGAAGGACUUGCAUCAUUUUGUCACUUUUUAUUCUAUUUAUUUUCUUCCUGAUGAUGGGUUUAAAAAUGCUGAGACCAAAUAAAGCUACUUUUGGAGAUCCUUUUGGACUUGAAUUUCUUCCACUACUUCAUCAACAAACUCGCUUAGGGAAAAGCUUCGAUUCCCAAAACAAUGACAAAAUCAACCGUGAAACAAGUAACAAGAAUUUAAAAAGUGUUGAAAUCACUAUGAAACCUUCCAAAGUCUCUGAACCUUACCUGGAAGAGCUGCAACCUCUGAAUUAUUAUUUACAUGUAUUUUAUUACAGUUGGUAUGGAAAUCCACAAUUUGAUGGUAAAUAUAUACAUUGGAACCAUCCAGUCCUGAAGCAUUGGGACCCUAGAUUAACCAAGAAUUAUCCACAAGGGAAGCACAGUCCCCCGGAUGACAUUGGCUCCAGCUUUUACCCUGAGUUGGGAAUUUACAGCUCUCGGGAUCCUUCUGUCAUUGAAACUCAUAUGAAACAAAUGUACUCAGCUUCAAUUGGUGUACUAGCCCUGUCUUGGUACCCACCUGGUACAAAUGAUGAGAAUGGAGAAAAUACUGAUGACUUGGUACCAACUAUUUUGGAUAAAGCUCAUAAAUAUAAUUUGAAGGUCACUUUUCACAUUGAACCAUACAGCAAUCGAGAUGAUCAAAACAUGUACAAAAAUGUCAAAUAUAUUAUAGACAAAUAUGGAAAUCAUCCGGCCUUUUAUAGGUACAAGACUAAGACUGGCAAUGCUCUUCCUAUGUUUUAUAUCUAUGAUUCCUAUAUCACAAAGCCUGAAAAAUGGGCCAAUUUGUUAACCAUCACAGGGUCUCAGAGCAUCCGCAAUUCUCCUUAUGAUGGACUGUUUAUUGCACUUCUAGUAGAAAGCAAACAUAGAUAUGAUAUUCUUCAAGGAGGUUUUGAUGGAAUUUACACAUAUUUUGCCACAAAUGGCUUUACUUAUGGCUCAUCGUAUGAGAACUGGGCGAGGCUAAAAUUUUUCUGUGACCAGUUCAACCUACUGUUUAUCCCAAGUGUGGGCCCAGGAUAUAUAGAUACCAGCAUCCGCCCAUGGAAUGCUCAAAACACUCGAAACCGAAUCAGCGGGAAGUACUAUGAAACUGCUCUGGGGGCUGCACUCCAUGCUCACCCCAGUGUGAUUUCUAUCACCUCUUUCAAUGAGUGGCAUGAAGGAACUCAGAUUGAAAAAGCCAUUCCCAAAAGAACCAGUAAUACCGUGUACCUGGAUUACCGGCCUCAUAAACCAAGUCUUUAUCUAGAACUGACUCGCAAGUGGUCUGAAAAAUACAGUAAGGAAAGAGCAACUUAUGCAUCAGAUCAGAAGCUGCCUCUUUCUUAAUGCAUCAAGUACCUUUUGUUUUAAGUGUGUACUGAUUGGCAGUUAUCCCCAUAAUAAAAAGAAUUUGCACUUUUUAAAAAAAAUUGUGAUAUCAUCAUUGCCACCCCUCACAAUGCUGCACUGAAAAAAUAUCUGAGAGAAAAACUGUGCAAAUAACAUUCCCUAUAGCAUAAUUUGCUACAAGUUUUUAUCUCACACAAAACUGUAUUACAUAAAUAAUUAGUAUACGGUUAAAUCCUUCUUGUAUUCUGGGCCCAAAGAAAUAGAUUGUGUAUAUUGGGUAUGUCUAGUGAAGAAAAUAGGACCGAAAAGAUCGUGCACAUGUUUCAUUUAGACUUUUUCCCCAAUGAUUCAGUCAUCCAGAGUGUUGACUAACACAAUAAAGUCUGCAAUAAAAAUUCUUAAGGAAAAUAAAAUCACAACUUAAGCCUUACUGUGAAUCACAUUGUGUUAGGAAGGCCUCCUUUCUAUAGCACAAUAUGCAUCAUCCUUUGAGGAUUUUUUUUAUUACUUAUAGCAUGCUAGGUGUUUUGCAUGCCUAAUACGCCUGCUUUACAAUGCUAAAUUCCAGAUUUUAGAAGCUAUGGUAAGUUCUUUCAUGCUUCUGUAUUAAGAAAACAUAGUUGGUUCACAAUUAUGAAGAUGGAAUGCCCAAAAUACCAGUUUUUGGAUAACCUGUCAAUCUUUAACUUGUUAUUCUAUUCAUGUUUUUAAUCAGAGACCAACUUUUAGUAAGAAAAAAAAAAGUUGAUACUAUCAUUGGAUUUCCUUCUUAAUAUUUAAGCUGCUUUUACCAAAAUAGGGAACAUUUACUUAGCAUUUUAGGAACAUGGAAAUGAAAAUUCUCUUAUAUCUUAAAUUCAUUCCUGAAGUUUGACUUGUAAGUUUAAUACUUAAUGAUGGCAAUAAUCUCAUUUGAAAGACAAUAUAUCCCCAUGUAAAAACAUACUUUCAUGGUAUCUACCAGAUUCAAUACUUGUGAUCAGUUGAUUGUCCUAUUGUGACAAAUUAAUCCACAUAUAUGCUGAAAAUGGAUCUCUUUAGUAGAUUAUACGUUAUCCUUCAGUUCUUAUAGUUAACUAGAACUCAAAUAUAUAUAUAUAUACUAUUACAAGAAUAUUAUUUCUUAGAUACUUAAUUUGCUAAAGAGAAACAAUACUGAACAAUAAUAGAUAUAAAUCUCCACGUUUUAGAGAUAUUUGGAAAUAAAGUAACUGUAGAAUUUAUCAUAACAUAGCCCAUCAGAUGAUGAAAUUUAUUUUAGCCAGUGAUUUUCAAAGGAAAAUAUCUUUCCUUUGAAAAAAGGCAUAACUAAUGUUAAACUUAUUUAUAAAUUAAGAAUUUGCCAUUUCUCAGAGAAUGAUCAGGCCAUGAGAAAUUUGAGUAAUAGUAGUAACCUACUUUCUAGAGGAAAUUACAAGAAUAAAUCACUAUAAUGAUGUAACCAAGGCUUUCAUAGGAACAUUCACACAGAUAUGACCUGUGGAUUUUUUUUUUUCUUAUAUCCAUGUAGCUACUAUGUGUUAUCACAGGAAUAAACUCUAAAUGUAUCAUGCCUAAUAAUCACUUACACCGUAUUUUAUUAAAUUAUAGAAAUUACUAGAGAGGAAUUUUGUCAUUGCUUAUACUUAUAUUUGAACCUGCUGUGACAGAAAAUUUCAUGAAAUAGUUCAAGAUUAAGAGAAAGUAUAUAAAAACAAGGUCAACAAAUACUCACUGUGAAUACUACCACUUUCUGUGUUGCUUCCACUGCAGACCUAGAUAAUCUACUACAGCUCUCUUUACCUCUGAGCUUUGUUGUGGUUCCCAACACAUUACUCCAACCAGCCAAUGGAGGAGCAGAUUUCAAAGUAAAACAGAUUUUUUUUCUCAAGGGAAGAAUGUUUGGAAUCUGACCUCAUAAGAGUUUAAGAAUUUAUAAUUAUAUGAAAACCCUGUGUCUUUUUGCCUGUUUUAGAAAACAGGAGGAAUUAUCUCUAAUUUCAUAUGUCUUCCUCAGGUACUCAUUACAGCCGCCUUUAUCAUUUGACUUAUAACACAGUUUAAAUCAUUAUGAUCACAAAUAAAAGCAAAGAACUGAUUGCCUAAUUUAAACUAUCUAGGUGUGACUUCAUUAAACUAAAAUAACUAUUAAACAGUGUAAUAUAGGCAAUGCAUGAAUCACAAUUCUUUUAUGGUUUAAUCAGUCUAUUUUGACUGCAUAGAACAUAAUCUUUGUUUUAUUGUUCUCCUUAAGGACUAAUAUUGUCAAAAACUGCUGUUAUUAAUGUUUAAGUUGUAUGUUAACUUUUUUCUGUUUUAAAAGUAAAAGACUUUUGUUAUAUGAAGUAAUUAACUUUCAUUUAAUAAAAGCGUACAUGAAUUAGUGUAUCUUAGGUAUAAAAAUAUGUCCCUUUCUAUUUAUGAAAUAUUUAAUUUCUGAUUAGCAGAUAAAAAGUAGUAUUCAUUCAUAAGAAUAUAUUUUCUCUAUUUGAGAUAUGCAGCACUUACAAAAUCUGUAUCUUUAACUGUAUAUACAUUUUUAAAUGUAUAUAACACACACAAAAUGUCUUGGGGGUAGCGGGAAGAGGUGUUAUUUUUUAUUCUUUGGGCAUGAUCCUAUGUUAGCUCUAACUCUUUUGGGAAAUCUUACCCUAACAAACCACCAGAGAAUCUAUCAAGUUUAUAACCAUGCACUUUUUCAUACUGACCAGUUAAAGAUGAGGGUUCCUGAAUUCUAUAGUGUCUACAGAAACAGCUCUUAAAAGUCUAUAUCUAAAUUUUGAAUCAAGGUAGAACACCCUCAUGCCCCACAGUAUAGAAGCAAUACUUUAUUUAUGAUCAACAAAAUUCCAGUUAUUUUUUAUAAAUAUCUAUAAUUUCCAAAUGAAAAAUGGACCUAACCACAAGCAAAAAAGUUUAUUCAUUCAGGUAAAAGUCUAUACUGACUUUGCUAUAUAUCCACAUAAAGUCUAAAUGUUAUUGUAUGCUUCCUAUAAGAUUACCAUUCUUGAGAAUUCAAGUGCUACAUUGCUUAAUUACUUUAGAGAUUCAUUGUAGUCCCAUCAAAGAAUUUAAUAGUAGUCCUAUUAUAUUUCAUCAAUGACGAGGGGAACAUUUUUCAAUGUGGUUUUUGUUGUUAUUGUUACAUAAUUUAUGAUAUAAAAAGAAGUAGUAAAUGGUCACAGAUCUAAAAUUUAGUGAAGUUAAAACAUAGUAGCACUAUUUUGGAUGUUCUAGACUUCAUUUAAAAGCAUCUUGCAUAUUUUAAGUUUCUCAAUUUACAUAAAAUUAACCAUAAAUUCAAUCAAAAAGUUAAAGCGCCUUUUAGAAAAGACCCCAUGAAAUGAAUAUUUUAUGACAUAAGGCAAUGGUGUACUAUGGUAUAUGAUUUGCAUCAUCAUGCCUUGUUUUUGAUUUUUUGGAAGAAUUGGUUAAUCUGAGCAAAGAUUGUUGUAAACAUGAAAUAAAGUGACACUUUAGCUAAUUACAUUUAAAAUACAUUAAUUAUAUUUAUGUUUAUGCAUAAAAGUAUGAGUCAGUUUUACAAAAGCCAUUAUGAAAACACUAUUAAUUUGGUAAUGUCUAAUGUAAUAUGAUCUUUACCCUGAUUUUGAAACAAAUACAAAAGAGAAAACUAGAAGAAAUUCACUUGUAAUAAAUGCAAUAAAAUUUAGAAAUUUAUAUAAUUAAACACAGUCACCUAAGGGUAGUAUGUCAGAAUUGUUUUUUGGAUGUAGUAAGUUUGUAUUUACUGAAUGCUGCCAUUCUAUGUAUUGUUUUUUAAUUACUUAGAUUCUUUAGCUAUGUGGCAGUCUAUUAAGCCAUUCAUAUUAAAAUAGCUCAGUCUAAUCUGUGGUUUCAUGUAAAAAGCUAACUGCAAGGCUGCUAAAUUCUUACUUGAAAAUUUAGUGUUAUAUUAAAGUACAUUACUGGAAAUUAUGCUCUUGACUUUUUAGCUGUCUUGUAAAAAAAAAAAUGUUGACAAUCAUUUUAUGAAUAGUAGCUGAGCUUAAAUUCUGUUUUUCCUCAUGAGUAUUAUGUAUUCUUAGCUAAAGACUUAAUAUAAUCCCCCAAUAAAAUAUUCUUUUAAUAUAUAA